UGCGGCCGGCGCUGGGGUGGAGAGUUGUGCGCCGGUCCCUGGGCCUGAGCUCGGGCUCGGGCUCGGGCGCCUGCGAUGUCUCAAGAUGGCGGAGCUGGGCGAAUUAAAGCACAUGGUGAUGAGCUUCCGGGUGUCUGAGCUUCAGGUGCUGCUCGGCUUUGCUGGCCGGAACAAGAGUGGACGGAAGCACGAGCUCCUGGCCAAGGCCCUGCACCUCCUCAAGUCCAGCUGUGCCCCCAGUGUCCAGAUGAAGAUCAAGGAGCUUUACCGCCGGCGCUUUCCCCGGAAGACCCUGGGGCCCUCUGAUCUCUCCCUGCUCUCUCUGCCCCCUGGCACCCCUCCUGUCGGCUCCCCUGGUCCUCUGGCUCCCAUUCCCCCAGCCCUCUUGGCCCCUGGCACCCUGCUGGGCCCCAAGCGUGAAGUGGACAUGCACCCCCCUCUGCCCCAGCCCGUACACCCUGAUGUCACCAUGAAACCAUUGCCCUUCUAUGAAGUCUAUGGGGAGCUCAUCCGGCCCACCACCCUCGCGUCCACUUCUAGCCAGCGUUUUGAAGAGGCGCACUUUACCUUUGCCCUCACACCCCAGCAAGUGCAGCAGAUUCUCACAUCCAGAGAGGUUCUACCAGGAGCCAAAUGUGACUAUACUAUACAAGUGCAGCUAAGGUUCUGUCUCUGUGAGACCAGCUGCCCCCAGGAGGAUUAUUUUCCCCCCAACCUCUUCGUCAAGGUCAAUGGGAAACUAUGCCCCCUGCCGGGUUACCUUCCCCCUACCAAGAAUGGGGCUGAGCCCAAGAGGCCUAGCCGCCCCAUCAACAUCACACCUCUGGCUCGUCUCUCGGCCACUGUUCCCAACACCAUCGUGGUCAACUGGUCAUCUGAGUUUGGACGGAACUACUCCUUGUCUGUGUACCUGGUGAGACAGUUGACUGCAGGGACCCUUCUACAAAAACUCAGAGCAAAGGGUAUCCGGAACCCAGACCACUCUCGGGCACUGAUCAAGGAGAAAUUGACCGCUGACCCGGACAGUGAGGUGGCCACUACAAGUCUCCGGGUGUCACUCAUGUGCCCGCUAGGGAAGAUGCGCCUGACAGUCCCCUGUCGUGCCCUCACCUGCGCCCACCUGCAGAGCUUCGAUGCUGCCCUUUAUCUACAGAUGAAUGAGAAGAAACCAACAUGGACAUGUCCUGUGUGUGACAAGAAGGCUCCCUAUGAAUCUCUUAUCAUUGAUGGCUUGUUCAUGGAGAUACUUAAUUCCUGUUCGGAUUGUGAUGAGAUCCAGUUCAUGGAAGAUGGAUCCUGGUGCCCAAUGAAACCCAAGAAGGAGGCAUCUGAGGUUUGCCCCCCGCCAGGGUAUGGGCUGGAUGGCCUCCAGUACAGCCCAGUCCAAGAGGGCAAUCCAUCAGAGAAUAAGAAGAAGGUUGAAGUUAUUGACUUGACAAUAGAGAGUUCAUCGGAUGAGGAGGACCUGCCCCCGACGAAAAAGCACUGUCCUGUCACCUCAGCUGCCAUCCCGGCUCUACCUGGAAGCAAAGGAGUCCUGACAUCUGGUCACCAGCCAUCUUCGGUGCUGCGGAGCCCUGCUAUGGGCACGCUGGGCGGGGAUUUCCUGUCCAGUCUCCCGCUACAUGAGUAUCCACCUGCUUUCCCACUGGGGGCCGAUAUCCAAGGUUUAGAUUUAUUUUCUUUCCUCCAGACUGAGAGUCAGCACUAUGGUCCCUCCGUCAUCACCUCGAUAGAUGAACAGGAUGCCCUUGGCCACUUCUUCCAGUACCGAGGGACCCCUUCCCACUUCCUGGGCCCACUAGCCCCCACAUUGGGGAGCUCUCACCGCAGCACCACUCCAGCACCCCCUCCUGGCCGCGUCAGUAGCAUUGUGGCCCCUGGGGGGGCCUUGAGGGAGGGGCCUGGAGGACCCCUGUCCUCAGGUCCCUCUUUGACUGGCUGCCGGUCAGACAUCAUUUCCCUGGACUGAGUCCCCUGGAUGAUGGAAACUUCACUGCCUCCCACCACUGAGCAAGUAUGCUGUGGAGUCCAGACUCCUGGCCACUCUGACCCCUCAGGGGGCUUUGGCCAAGGUCAAAGAAAGACCUUCAUGGUGUCCUGUGUUUGGCCUUCUCUCUGCCUAACAAGGCCAGCACCCAAAGGGUUAAUAUUUAACCUCUUUUUAAGGACAUUUGGGUUCUAUUUUUGGAAAUGUUCUUUAGAUGGCUGGCACAUUCCUUUGGGUAUGUUAACCUAGGCAGUGGGAGGCACGCGGGAUGGGGUGUGAGUUGGGGGAAGGGCCGAAUUGGCUAGAGCCUCACGGGGAAAGGGCCUUCCUCUUGUCCCCUGGAUGCCCUCUCUUCACCAAACCUAUGGUUCUGUUCCUUCCCCACAUCCAUUGUCUCUUCAUGUCCAUUCCGUUCUCUUUGGCCAGACAGGUGGAGAAGCUGAGACAGGCAGACAUAUGGACAAAGAACUCUAUUUUGGGUUGCAGAUUUUUUUGUACAUAAACAAGAAAAA